AUGCUGGAACGGGCUGCCGGAUGCCUUGAGAACGCAGGUCGGCGUUUCUUCCGGGAUUCCAAGGGGGCACUCCGGGGUCGGAGAUCUUGGUAUCCUCACUUCACGCAGGGCAAUGGGACAACUGCGGAGGCUGUACCUCUGUCACACUCGCCCUCUAAAACAUCAGGCCACCAGGAUUCGAUAAGCUCUGUCUCUUGGAAGGCGAGUCAAGCAACUGCCGAUACAUGGAACCCUGUUCUCGAUUUCCUGUAUCCUCCACGUACCCAGGAAUUUGCUGCGUCGCUCUUGUUACGCCCGCCCCGGAGACUUGCCCUGCGACGCAAGAAGAAGCUGAUACCUGCUCUCACCAGGGCUUACACAUCGGUGGCUGCGAGCCUCUACAAGCCCGUCUUUCCAGAUAAACCUGUGGAUCUUGAGGAGAAGAGGGCGAAGGAACUCGAACGAAGACAAGCCAAGCAAGAGCUUGUGUCAAUUCUCAAUGAAAGUAAACCCGGUAUCUAUGGAUACUAUGACAGGGCGUGGGAGCUUUAUGAGACAGCUCGCCGACCGAAAGAUGUGAGUGCGGCUUUGUUGGCUCACCUGAGUAGAUCAUCAGUGCUCCGCAACAACCUACGGGCUCAGUGGGUCUAUCGGAGAAUCCCUGUUCGUGAACGUACCGCCGAAGAUUCUCUGUACUUGGCAAAGUCUUACUUGGCUAUCGGGAAGCCUGAUGAGAUAAACAGAGUUUGCAGAGACGCAAAAGCCACGGGCGGAGAUGUUUCUUGUUGGGCCCUCGCUUUUUCGCAUUUUGUCAAUAAAGGAAAAUGGGACUCUGCUGAGAAGUUUUGGAGCGCGCGGCCGCCAUCCUCGGAGAAGGCGUUGCUGAGUGCGGUCGCUUCUGAGCUGGAUGACUCUAGCCUUCCGAUGAAGCUUUUCGAUCUCGCUAAGGUAUUGCGGAGUCAGGAGACCUCGAGGUCCUGGACUGGUCUUGUCCACUUUCUACUGGACUAUGCUUUUUCAAAUUCCCGAGUCGCGGCGGAUGUAUCGACAGAAAAUCUCCUUCUCCUAUUAAAGGAGUACAAUCUACUGGGGUUUCUCACGGCGGAGCACUAUUUCCGUCUGAUUCGGACUCUCCAGUCCUCCGACGUUCGCUCUAUAUUCACGAAGUCAAUUGUGGUGUAUCGUAAUCUUCGCUGGCAGAUGGACCAGGAAGUGCCUCCAGCAGACCUUCUGGGCGCAUUUUUGCGGUCUUUGGCCCAUUUCGAAAUCACCACUGGGAUACAUUAUUUCCUGGAUGAAUAUGCCCAUUUCUACGGCCAGCCAUCCAUUGACGCAUACAAAAAUGCGCUCGUUGCGUUUUCCCGAGCCGGAGAUGUGGAAAAUACCAACAGCCUCUUUGAGCAGCUUGUGAUUCAUCACGGAAAACCCUCGAGUCGAAGGCUUUUGACCCCGCUCCUCUACGUCCAUGCCAGGGUUGGCGAUGUAACGGCGACGCGUCGCCAAUUCGAGAGAAUAUCAAAGGAAUUUGGUCUGAAGCAGAACACUGUAUGUUGGAACAUCCUCCUCACUGCCUAUACCAAUGCAGAUGACUUCGGAGGAGCCUUCGCUACUUUUGACAAAAUGCUGGAGGAGGGUGUCCAGCCUAACUCUCAUACUUUCGGAGCGUUGAUGGGACUCUGUGCAAACAGAGGGGAUAUUGACACUGUCCGUCAGUUGCUCGAAUUAGCGAAGAGAAGCCCUGUGCGGAUCACUACGCCAUUACUGGAUACAAUCGUUGAAGCCUAUUGUAACAAUCGAGAGCUUGAAAAAGCUGAGAGUGUUGCUGAGACCUGCCUUGGUCUGGAUGUCAAAGGGUCUCGAGUGAGGAUGUGGAAUGUGCUGCUUUGGAACUAUGCAUUUCGCAUGGACUUGGAGUCUAUUUCAAGAAUACGUUCCCGCAUGGAUUCUGCUGGAGUGCAGCCUGACUCUAUGACAUAUGCGGCUCUCAUGCUCAGCUUGGUGCUCCGAGGGCAGACCGACCCCGCGCGCCGAAUUCUCAGAACACUUCAUCGAAGCAAUCACAUGUAUGCCACAGAAUUUCACUAUGCCAUCAUCUUGUAUGGCUAUGUGAAAGAGCGGAACCGGGACAUGGUCCACAUCAUUUUUCGCGAGAUCAAAGAACGUUUCAAGCGUCCUGGAUUCACUUCGCGGCUUCUCGUUCUAAAGAAUCAGCUGCAACGUGAUUUGGAACUUAUCAAAACUGGUGGACGGGCAGUCAGUGGUGCCAAUGUUCGCUUAGAGAACGCGGAAAGAUUCCUUGCCGAAACAAUCGCCGAUUUCGACAAAACCAAUAUGGCGUCAAAAGAACCAUUGCCCGGCGCGGGCAGACUACCCAUCACCCAAGCCUUCCCUGCUAUGUACUAUGAAUACCUCAUCACAGCAUAUGGCACCCGGGGAGUCUUUCACAGGGUCAAAGAGCUCUUCGAUCAAUUCCUCCGCAAUAGAAAAUCUCCCACUCAUGAACGGCCCGCCUAUGAUGUGGCGCCUCUCCGUCUCGUUUCUGCACUGAUGCUUACUUAUUUGAAGUCAGAGCAGUAUAAAAAGGUUGAAGAAUGUUGGAAAAUUACGUUUCCCCGUGUCGUCAAGAUGGCUACUCAGCCUGACCUUGAUGAAUGGCUGUCUGAUCGCUUGCUACGUGCUGAAGAGGCUGAGCAACCGGAUUAUCCAAUCCCGAGCCCUGUCAACUCCCACAAGGAUGUUCUUCUAAGCUCGGACAAGCCGGACAUACUUGCUUUAAAGCCGCCCUCAAUUUUGCCUGCAUGUCGAUUCCUGCUCUCGCGACCCCUCUCCUUGUACAUGCGAUCAUUGGCGUACCGGAACGAGACUUGGAAGAUACCUCAAGUCGUAGCAGAAGUACAGAAAGCAGGUUUUCCUCUGACAACUUUCAACUGGUCCACAUACGUGCAGAUGCUGGCUUCUUCUGACAAGCCUUCUGACCAGGUUGAGGCGUUCACUGUCUUUGAGCGCAAGUUCAUGCCUAAUUUUCCUGGAUGGAAUAAUCUUCGCCGGGGUUACGGAGUGAGACCACCUGGCGUGCCUUCAACCAUUGAUGUCAUGGAGAACCCGAGACGUGCGAAACCUCCUAACAUGCUCGGCAAAGAAUCUCGACGCUACUGGAGCAAAAUUCAGCCUGACUUCAUGCAACCUACAUAUGUCUCGAUGGUCUAUCUGGCGUCCGCGUUACAAGCGUUCCGGGAGAGGAGUAUCUUUGACGGAGGAUUGGAGGUGGGGACUCUCUACAAAGUUGCGCCUAAUACUAUUGCAGCCAUUGCGGACAUGCCGUACCUUCGUGAGAAGUUCCAAGGUGUGUUACUUCGGCGUCGUCAGGAGCAAGGCGACAAGAAGGGAGACUCUCGAGAUCGUGAUCAUUUUGUGUGGACCGGCGGUAUCCUUGGUGUUGGUGGCAAACCGAGGUCUCCAACAGCUGUUGAGCAGUCAGCGAUGGAAGCAAACCAAGAGGAAAAUGCUUCGGCCAGCGCGCGGUCCCAGCCAGGUGUGAUCCACGAAGAAGCACUCGAUGGCACAAGCGCUCCUGCUGUCAAGACGGAAUCUCUCCCUGAAGACGUGUCCACACCUGACACCAAGAGCAUAGAUCCGCAGGACCAGUUCGAUAUCGAGGCAGAAGCGCUCCUUGGAUCCAGGCGCGCUCUGCUAGAGGCGAGCGAAGCAUUGCUGGACAAUGAACACCGCGUUUCAGUGGACGAAUGCGAUGAAACGGACAUGUCUGCCUUGAUGGACGAUUUGGCAUACCCUGACGAAGAUGCGCCAGAAGCAGCAGACGGGCGAGAACAAGAAGAGCCACCUAGUGGGCAUCAAGGCCAGCCAGAGCAAGAGCUACACAACAGCGGUAUGACGCAGGAUGCAUAG